CCACCUGCCAACCUCCGGGUUCCCGCUUGACUUUUCUGGCCAAUCAUAGAAGAGUCUCAUCUGAGACAACACUGGAAUCGACCAAUCCGAGCGCGUCCAGGUCAGGGUCACUGGUCGCCCUUUCUAGUUAACCAGGUCGACCCCUUUUAAGCCUCAGUCUCGGUUAGCUUCACUUCAGUGGGAACCUGCCCACUGAGGAGGCCGGUUCUUUCCGGCUCGAGCAGGUCCGGACCCGCCCCUCUGGCGUCUAGCAGUCUCGGAGGCCUGCCCGUAUAGUUCAGGGCCGGACAGCGAGCGGCGGCGACUUGCCAGUAAGGUUUGGCUCCAGCAGCUGCUGUUGCCACUACCACUAGUUCAAGCACCAUGCAGUUUACCUCAAUAUCAAAUUCUUUGACGUCCACUGCUGCUAUUGGGCUCUCAUUUACAACUUCAACGACUACCACCGCCACUUUCACCACCAACACUACUACCACAAUCACCAGUGGCUUUACUGUGAACCAAAACCAACUGUUAUCAAGAGGGUUUGAAAACCUUGUACCUUAUACUUCAACUGUUAGUGUUGUAGCAACUCCUGUGAUGACAUAUGGUCAUCUGGAGGGUCGUAUAAAUGAGUGGAACCUUGAGCUGGAAGAUCAAGAGAAGUACUUUCUUCUCCAGGCCACUCAGGUCAAUGCUUGGGACCAUACAUUGAUUGAGAAUGGUGAGAUGAUUCGUAUUUUACAUGGAGAAGUGAACAAAGUGAAACUGGAUCAGAAAAGGUUGGAACAAGAAUUGGAUUUUAUCCUGUCACAGCAGCAGGAACUAGAAUUUCUGUUGACUUAUUUAGAGGAGUCUACGCGCGACCAGAGUGGACUUCAUUAUCUGCGGGAUGCAGAUGAGGAGCAUGUGGAGACUUACAGAUUAGCAGAAAGUAUAGAUGCUCAGCUGAAACAAAUGGCCCAAGAUCUCAAGGACGUUGUUAAUCACCUGAAUACAUUUGAAAGUUCUUCUGACACUACUGAUCGGCUCCACCAGAUCUGCAGAAUUCUGAAUGCCCAUAUGGACUCCCUGCAGUGGAUUGAUCGGAAUUCAGGCAUGCUGCGAAGGAAGGUAGAAGUGGUAACACGGGUUUUCGAGGAUUAUCAUCACGAGGAGCAUGCACACAAUGUCAACACUGCUUUUUAGUGAAUGAUCAUAUCUUCAGCAUGUCGUUUCUGGAUUAUUACCUACAAAUUCUGAUGUUAAAUAGAGUAGUAUUUAUACUUAAUAUUUCAUCUUGAUCAUAAUGAAUUGUGCAUCCUUUUUUCAUUUAAGUAUUGUACUGUUGAGAAUUAUACCUUAGUUUUGUUUUUAGUAUUAGAAAAUCAAAAUUAUACUAGCCCCUUUGUCCAGACAGCAACCUCUUAGAUGUUGACUCUAUAUGUGUAAUUUAUGUCUUACUCUCCCUGGCAUCAGUACACAUCAUCCUUCUCACUCCAUUUGAAUCAUAGGGUGAUGUCUGCCAAAAGUACAUGCCAACCUAUAUAGUGCUAGAUACUGUAAAGUCUCUUCUUCUGAAAGGAACCUACUGUCUAGUUUGAGAUAUAAUUAAUGCUUGUCUGCAUAAAAACAAUAUAGAUAAUAUAAAGAAGUGCAGUAAGAAUUAUAGAAAGUGUGUUAUAGAGGUUCAGAGCAGGGAGGAAAAGUUAGGGUAUAUUAUUAUUAAAGGGUUAAGGAAAGGUAAGUUUCAAGGAAUUUGGUUAUUUUUAAUGUAUGGAUAUACUGGCAUUUUAUUUGGUUUUAGCAUAUGAUUUAUAGUUGGUGAUUUCCGUGUAUUUGUUUGCUUUUCUUUUUUUUGUUGUUUGUUUGUUUUGUUUUGUUUUAAAUAAGCCUUGUUCUUAGGUUUGGAACAGUCUGGUCUCCUGUGUUUCAUGUUUCACCUAAGUCAUAAAUAAAG